AAUAAUCCUGUAUAGUCCACUCUCACUUAAGAAGGUAAAACAAACACAUCCUAAAGAUUUUCACGGUUACAAAAUAUGGUAUGAAAAAUAUGAUAAGAAAAACAUUUGAUUCAAAAUUACAUCUUUACCCCAAAAAAGAAUGAAAUUUCGUUCUUUCUAAUGUUGUUUGUACGCCAACAAAAGAUGCAAAGAUCGAAACUGGCAGGUGCCAAUCAUAAACAGACCAAAAGUUUCUGGAAGCAAAACUGCAAAACACACACUUCCCUCGCAAGGCUCUCGAAUCUCACUCAAUCCCUCCACGGCCAACCAACGGCCAACCCGAAACCCUCCCACUACAGCUCGAGACCCGGAGCCGCGAACUCGACUCCAACCAACCCGAAACAAGCCCACCGGAGUCACCGCGAUGAGACCGAUUGUGCCACUCCAAGGCGUCGUCCAAGGCAGAGGCGGCCUCAUCCUCGGCUCUCUAAUCCCAUGUGCUCUCUAUUACUGCAUCCAGCUCUACCUCAAACGAUGCCAAUCCACCUUCCCCCUCCCAGUCCUCCUCCAACCUGGCGGAGCUCCCCAGAACGCUGUCGCGGUCCAGCUUGUCCACCCGCGGGUCCAUGGGCCGGGUCCGGAUGUCCUCCCGGGCGAGCUGGGUUGCGAAGCCCAAUGACUCGCCGUACUAUAUCGGGUUGGAUAGGGCUUCGGAGGACCCGUACUACAGGGUGGAUAAUCCGGAUGGAGUUAUUCAAUUCGGAUUGUCCGAGAACAGGCUGUGUUUGGAUUUGAUUGAGAAAUGGGUUUCGGAGAAUUUGAUGGAAUCGAUGGUGGGAACGGACGGUGGUGAUUUGAGAUAAGUGGGAUUGCAGAGUACCAGCCGUUUGAUGGAAUGACUGAACUGAAAGUGGUAUGAUUGUAAAGUGCUAGUACUGUUCAUUUUAACAAAAAAUCAUAUUUUAAAAUUAAAAAGUCAAUUAAAACUUAAAAUUUUUAAAUCAUUUUUAUUAGGUUUUCUUUGAAUUUUUGUAGCCGUUUGUUCUUUCAUCAUAUUGAUUCAUGAGAGUGAAGCAUGUGGCCUGUAAAUAUUUGUGACUGUAGUCAUUCUACUUUCUGAUUUUGAAGAAAAUUGAGUGUA